AGGGCGUGGCAGUGAGAAGAGCAGCCGGUUACUAGUUAUGAUGAGUCCCCACCCUUCUUCUUCGGCUUCAGGAAGCAGAGUUUCAGCAGCACGGACACACGUCGACCGUCAGCUCACCUGAACAGUUCAACCAUGAGGUGGCGCUCUCCUUGUCUUCCUCUCCUCCUCGUCUCUCUCCUUGCUCUGUCGUUCGGAGGAGCUGCAGAUUUCAAGAUCUGCUCCUACAACGUGCAGGAAUUCAACCUCGACAAAUCAGCGGACUACCGAGUACUGUACACUCUCACACGGAUUGUGUCUCGCUGUGACAUCUGUCUCCUGCUACAUGUGACAGAUUUUGACGGUAAAGGCAUCCAAGCUCUGCUGGCGUCUCUCAACAGGGCGACCGACAGGUAUGACAGCUACACCUACCAAUCAGUGGCCAGUAAGAGUCUGGGAGACCCUGGCGAUCUGCAGCAGUACGUUUUCCUCUACAGGACAGACACGGUGAAUGUGACGGGUCAGUAUCAGUACCAGAAGCCCGAGUCCUUCGUUAGACCGCCGUUCGCUGUUCAGUUCUACAGCGACCAAACUGCCAUCAAGUCCUUCAUUCUGAUCCCUCUGCACUCUGACCCGAGUCGGGCGGUCCAGGAGAUCGACCGCCUCUACGACGUCUUCGAGGAAGUCAGCAAGACAUGGAGCAACACGAACGUGAUGUUCCUGGGAGACUUCCAUGCUGGCUGUGCCUAUGUGACCCGAAACGAUAAGAGAGACAUCCGUCUCUACACCAAGUCGGCGUUCGCCUGGCUGAUCGGUGACCGGGUGGACACCACCGUCUCCGAGGAAACCAACUGUGCCUUUGACAGGAUCGUGGUACACGGUAAAACCUUCCUGAGGGCCAUCACUCCAUUGUCUGCACAAGUCUACAACUACGCCGAAGAUUUAAAAAUCCCCAGGGCCAAGGCGCUGGACAUCAGUGACCACUUACCUGUGGAGGUGGAUCUGAAGGGCUCCGCCCCUCGCUUGCAGGCCACGCCCCUCCUCAUCCUGCUCAGCCUCUCUGCCGUCCUGCAGCACUUCCUGUCUGCUUCAGUAAUCUGAUUACUCCGAGGGAUCUUCAGUAUCUCCUUAUCAUACCCAGAUAAAUGGAGCUGUUUCAGGCACUGAUAUUAAUUUAGCGAUCUGUUUAUUUACCUUUCUUUCUCUCCAAAAAUCAAACUAUUAUCUGACUUUAUUAUCUGAAGAUAACAACACUGAUCACUUCCUGUGUACAUCAUCUUCUUCUUCCUCUCUCCUUUUACAUUCUAUAGAGAGGCCCAUCACAGUAAAAAUACA